AUGGGAAUACCAGCGGACAGGGUCCGCCGCAUGCAGCGCGCGAUGGCGGCGGUGUGGACGCGGUUCGCAUGGCUGGCGCACCCGGAGCUGCAUCGGCUCGCGGUCAAGGAGAUGAAGGGGAACGCGGAGCAGUACCACUACAUGCGGCAGUGGGAGGACCCGUAUGGGCAGAGGACGAUGCCGUGGCUGCGGCCGCUGGGGCCGGGGGGCUGGCGGGACGACGCAUUCCACACGAUUCUGCAGUGGCUGCACCACAAGCUGGAGAAAAGGGGCCAAGCGCUGCAGCAGCAGGCGCGGACGCAGGAGCAGCAGACCGCUCGCGAGCUGGGCGGCGGGGCGGCCGGUGGCGGUGGGCCGGGCACGGGGGCGGCGCAGGCGACCACCACUGCGGUGGAGGCGUCGCAGUCUCCUGCAGCUGUGCAUCAACUGCUCGGCAGCAGCCCGCCAGGCGGCGUCGCCUUCUGCACCAAGUUUGUGCCCAUCACUGCCGACGCCGUCGCCAAGUCCAAGGCUGCGCCCGGCACCGCCGCCGCGCUGCCCAAGGCCCCCGCCGCCAAGCUGACCGCCAAGGCGCCGCCGGCCGGCAUCACCAUCACCGGCAACGCCACCGUGUGGCAGUACCUCUACAAGAACCUCACCUGCAACCUCAGCGCGGGUAUCCAGAUCAACGCCGUGUUCAGCCAGAACGGCAAGCCCCUCGUCGGUCACUCCAUGACUGGCCGCACCCACACCUCCAAGUGCGCCGACGGCGCCGGCAGCCGCUUCUACUUUGACCCCAAGGGCAACCUCAGCGACCCUGCCAACCCUCUGUGGUGGGGUGCCGGCAAGACCAACAAGACGGGCGCCGCCCUCGGCAACGGCGCCAACGACGGCACCAUCAACCUGGCCAGCCCCAACGCGCCCCGCAGCCUCGUGAUCUACGACGACGCCUCGGCCGCGCCCUACCUCUGCUGCGAUCUGAUCCCCCAGGGCGCCCUCACCACUGAUUGGUCCAAGAAGACGCUCACCGCCCCCGGCGCCAAGCCCUGCCCUGCCACCGGCGACCCCGACCACGGCCCCGCCGCUCACGGGGCCGGCGCGCACGGGGCCGGCGCGCACGGGGCGGCCGACGCCAAGCCGGCGGCCAAGGGCGGCGCGGCCGGUGCGGCGCACAACCACGGUUGA